CCUGCUGCCAGCGGGGGCGCCUCUCUCCUGGGCCCCCCCCGCGAGUGGGCCGCUCCGUAAUCCAGAGCGGGGCGUCUGCGUCCCUUUCCCCCGGAGCUGCCCCACGCCUGGCAGGCCCUCACUGCACGCCUGCUGUAGCUCAACAUGAGUGCCCUCGGGGAAAACGCCCUGGACCCCUCCAUCCCCGAGUCCCGCAAGAGGAAAGGCUCGCCCUGCGACACCUCUGGACAGAGCGCCGACAAGCGACGGCGGGAGCUGGAGUGGCGCUACAUCGACGAGCUGGCGGAGCUGCUGUCCGCCAACAUGGGCGAGAUCAACACCGGCCUCAACGUCAAGCCCGACAAGUGCCACAUGCUGAGGAGCGCUGUGGAGCAGAUCCAGCAGAUCAAGAAGCGCGAGCAGGAGAAAGCCGCGCUGAUGUCGGCGGCGGACAAGGAGGUGCAGAAGAGCGACAUCUCGUCCAGCAGCCACGGGACGGUGGAGAAGGAGGCCCUGGCGCCGCUCCUGCUGGAGGCCCUGGACGGGUUCUUCUUUGUGGUGAACGGCGAGGGCCGGAUCGUGUUCGUCUCGGAGAACGUGGCCGGCUACCUGGGCUACGCCCAGGAGGAGCUGAUGACCACCAGCGUGUACAGCCUCCUCCACGUGGGAGACCACAACGAGUUCGUCCGCAACCUGCUGCCCAAGAGCCUGGUGAAUGGCAUGCCCUGGCCCCAGGACCCCGCCCGCAGGAACAGUCACACCUUUAACUGCCGCAUGCUGAAGCGGCCUCCAGACGAGAUCGACUCUGAGAACCAGGAGGCGCGGCAGCAGUACGAGAUCAUGCAGUGCUUCACCGUGGCACAGCCCCGAUCUGCCAUGCAGGAGGAGGGCGAAGAUCUGCAGAGCUGCCUCAUCUGCAUCGCCUGCCGCGUGCCCCGGCCCCAGCCCAUCCCCGUCAGCACCGAGUCCUUCAUCACCAAGCAGGACCCCACAGGUAAGAUCAUCUCCAUAGAGACCAGUGCCCUGAGGGCCUCAGGGCGGCCGGGCUGGGAGGACCUGGUGCGGAAGUGCAUCUACGCCUUCUUCCAGCCGCAGGGCAAGGAGCCGUCCCACGCCAAGCAGCUGCUGCACGAGGUGAUGGCCCACGGCACGGCCAUCAGCCAGGUGUACCGCUUCACCCUGAACGACGGGACGCCCCUCAGUGCCCAGACCCGCUGCAAAUUCUGCUGCCCCCCCAACCCCGACCUGCAGCCCUUCAUCAUGGGCAUCCACACUAUCGACAGGGAACACAACACUGCUAGCUCUCAGGAAAACACGACCCCCAGCCUUCCACCGACCCCUGCUCAGCCCUCCCGCUCCCCUGCCCUCCAGCCGGGCAGCGAGCUCAGCCAAGCCCCAGGCCUCGGCCUCGGCCUGCAGCAUCUCAACAAUGGUGGCGGCGGCGGAGGCCCCAGUCCUGUCACGGGGGGGUACCUGACGCCCAGCCGAAUGUGCCCGCAGCCCGUCAGCAGCCCGUCCCCCCUGGGGGCCACCCCUACCUCGUUCAUGUCCCCGCGCCCCCCCCGGGCCAGUCCCGGGCUGGGCGGGAGCCCGCGGGUGCCUGGGAACCCCUUCUCUCCCUCCACCCCCAGCCUGCACUCCCCGGCCGGGGCCCCCAGCGGGAGCAGCAGCAGCGGGGGACUGAGCCGCCAGGGGUCCGGGGGCGAAGGCUCCCUGGGCCUGUCCCUGCCCUCCCCCCUCCCCUCCCAGAGACCCACGGCCCCCGGCAAGCUCCCCGACCCCCCCGCCCCGCCGGCCCCCGAACCCAGGGAGGACCCCGCCGCCAAGCCCGCGCCGGGCAACCUGAAACUGGGCCUGCUGGCGGAGGGAGACCCCCCCUCGCUCCCCGGCCAGUGCCCGGCCUCCCACAGCUCCCUGACGGAGCGCCACAAGAUCCUGCACCGCCUCCUGCAGGACAGCAGCCCCUCCGAGCCGGCCGACGGCUCCCGGAAGGACGGCCCGCUGAAGAGGGAGCCUCCCCCCAGCCCCAAGGACGCCCCCGCGGGGGGGGACCAGCACCAGGACCACCAGCUGCUCCGCUUCCUGCUGGACACGGACGAGAAGGACCUGGAGAACCUGCCCCCGCCCGCCACCCUCAGCCUGCAGACCAUCCGCGUGAAGUCCGAGAGGAAGGGCAGCACGGAGACGCCCUGCGUGGCCCUCAGCUCCCCCAAGGCCAGCGAGAGGCCCAGCAACCCGCAGUUCCCCAGCUCUGACUUGGACACACUGAACCAGCUGCUGCCGGGUCUGAGGGGGGUGUCGGCGGCGGGGGCCAAAGCCUCGGAGGACCAGAGCGCGUCACAGCCAGCGGAGGCCAACAUUCCCCGCGGCGUCAGCGUCAAGCAGGAGCCGCCCAUCAAGCCGGGCCGGGCCUUCUCAGACAGCUCUGGCCUCCAGAGCCAGUCGCCCUUCGAGUUCUGCAGUCCGUCCACUCCCAGCCAGGGCCAGGGAGACCCCUUCCAGCCCCCGAAAGACGGCAGCCCCUACCCUCCCGAGGCGGGGCACGGCAACACCUUCAGCGCCGGCUCAGGCCUGUCCAAGAUGGAGCUGGCCGGCCCUCAGCCCUUCCCGCCGGCCGAGGCUCUGGGGGAGACCAUGCCUUUCGACGGGGCUCUGAGCAGCGCCACCCCGGCCCCCCUCACCUCCCCCCAGGAGCCUUGCACGCCCCUGGAUGAGCUGCUGUGCCCUCCCACCACGCCGGAGGGCCGCAGCGAUGAGAAGGCCCUGCUGGAGCAGCUGGUCUCCUUCCUGAGCGGCACGGACGAGAGCGAGCUGGCCGAACUGGACCGCGCGCUGGGCAUCGACAAGCUGGUGCAGGGCGGCUGCCUGGACCCCCUCUCCCAGCGGUUUCCUGCCCCGGCCCCGCAGACGGCCCCCGUCCCGGCCGACCCCAAACUGCCCGGCUACCCCUCCCAGUUCCCCGGCGGCUCCCCCCAGUUCGCCCCCGAAAUGGCGCGGGCGCAGGGGAUGGCCUUCGGGGCCCCCCGGGCGCCGUUUCCCGGAGGCAUGAACAUGGCGAUGCGUCCGGGCAUGACCAGAGCCCCUGGCCUGCCCAACCAGCUGAGGCUACAGUUACAGCAGCGUCUGCAGAGCCAACAGCAGAUCCUGCAGCAGAACAGACUGGCAGCCAUGAGCCAGUUCCCAGGCGGGGGUCACGUUGCCAUGGGAAUGCCCCAGGGCAUGCAGCAGACACAGAUGCAGUCGCAGCCUCCCCUGAACGCGCAGAUGCUGGCGCAGAGACAGCGUGAGCUCUACAGCUUCCAGCACCGCCAGCGCCAGCUCCUCCAACAGAAGGUGAUGCUGAUGAGGCAGGGCAUGGCAGCGGGGCCCCUGGGGGCCCCUCGGAUGCAGAAGGGGCCCCAGCAGCCUCCGCAGCAGCAGCAGGGGCAGCCCCAGUUCGCCUACCCGCCCGGCUACACGCCCGCCGGCGGCAACUCGCCCGGCUCCCCCAGCCACUUCAGCGCCAUGGGCGGGCCCCUGGACCCCAAGAUGGCCGCCAGGGGCCCCAUGGCUAACCAGGGCAUGAUGGGAAACAUGCAGGGCCAGUUCGGGGGUGCCGUCAACUCGCCAGUCCAGCCCGGUCUCUUCCAGCAGUUUGCAGGAUCAGGCCUGGUCCAGCAGGGGGAGCCACCCUUCCCCCCGUCCCUCAGCCCCUCCAGCCCGCUGCUCUCCCCGCAGAUGGCCACCUCCCAGAGUCCUCUGCUCCAGCAGACGCAGCCGCCUCCCGGCUACCAGUCUCCGGACAUGAAGAGCUGGCAGCCGGGCGGAAUGGGCAACAACAGCAUCUACAGCCAAUCGGGGCAGAAUGCGCCGCAGGCCUUCGGGCAGCAGGGCGUGUACAACAACAUGAGCAUCACGGUGUCGAUGGCUGGAGGCUCCGGGGGCGUGGCCUCCUUACCUCCCAUGGGACCACCUGUUGGCAUGGGCAACAGUUCCCUGGGCAACGUCAGUUCCAUGUGCAACGAUCAGGUACAACAGGUUCAAGUGUUUGCUGAUGUCCAGUGUACCGUUAAUCUGGUUGGCAGUGACUCCUAUUUGAACCAGCCUGGGCCAAUGGGAUCACAGAAAGGGUCGACGGGAGGACAGAGCAGCCAAUCGCAGCAGAAGAGCCUCCUCCAGCAGCUCUUAACGGAAUGACACUGUCGUCGAGCGCUGGGAGCAGUGAGAUAUUUAUAUUUUUUACAUUUCGGUUUCUAAUUUUCAGCAGGAGUGGUUCUGAAGGUAUGGUAUUUCUGGGUGGAGUGAUGGGGGAGAGGAUAUCUCUAACCUGUGGGAAAAAGGCUCAUUCCUGGUUACCUACUUAAAAAGAAAACAACAACACAAAAAAAAAGACAAAAAAAGAAUCUGCUUCCUGAUUGGAGAAGGAUCCUGUUCCGGAUAUGCCAAUUUCAGAAGGACCUGGUACCUGAUUGGCCGCUCGCUGUCCCGUCGGGCAGGCGCAGUGCUUCAUGGGUACACAGCUCAGCUUGGCGCGGCCUUUGCCCGCCCGCCGCGACCGACGCAAAGGGGGCACAACUGACACUCUUCUUCUGUUGUGCAAGGAAAGCUCAGUUUCAGCAGGAUCUGUCACUGAUUGGCUCUCCACAGCAGUGCCUGGUGGGAGGAAUUUCCCAGUUUUUUUUUUUUUUUUUUGUUUUUGUUUUUUUUGUUUUUCCUUUUUUUUCUCUCCUCUCCAUGAAUCAGAACAAGAACCGCCAGGACAGGAGACUGUACAGUCGCCCAGUGCGUGUCACAGAUCCCCUGGGGGAACUGUUAUAAACACUAGACUACAAAACUGUUCAAAACAAAUCCCUCUUUUCUUUCCUCAGCAGCUGUGAAUAAGGACCUGGAUCAGUGUGCUAAUCAGGCGGGUAGUGUUGUACAAUAGAUGGACACAUUUGGGAUGAGCUAACACUUUCUACUUUCCUUUUAACGUCGAUGAAUUAUUCUAAUGGCAACAGUUCGUUUUGAAGUCAAACUCACAAAAUAUUGUUGGAUUUGAAGCAGGACUUUUUUUUUUUUUUUGGCUGUUUAAUUUGAGAAUUGGUACCUGUCUAUGUUUUGUUGUUUUGUUUUUAUUUGUUUUGUUUUUUUUAAGGCGCAAUGUUUUUUGGCAUCAGGAGAAUGCGGACGUCUACAGAUGUAACCCAGCAAAAUGUUGUUGUCGUCGUGGGGGAUUGCUCGCUCUCUGUUCGUUUAAUGUGAAGAGGAAACGAUUGUUUAGAUAUAGAAUGUUCGGUUUCGGUCAGGCUAGCUUUGCUCCUCCACCCCUCCCCCAAAACUCUCCACUCCCCGCGCCCCCACUACGAGGUGUUGCAAUCCCAUACGAUCAACCGCUAAACACAUUACUAUGUUUUACAGUUACGUUACGUCUUUGAGUAGGGAUUUUUGUUUCCUGGACAACAGUCAUCUCAGUUCAAAAGGGGGUUUGCGAAGGAAGGUUGGAAAUGGCAUUUUUCACUGCGCAGACCCCCUCCACCCUCCAGUUAGCCUUUGAGGACGGCCUUGGUCGCUACCCCACUGGCUAAACACUACAGCUCGUAGGCUGCUUAUGUGACUACUGUCGCCCAGUCAGACACUGUCUGUCAGUGUCUAACCUCCGUUGACGCUGACAUAACACUAUCGCUUAAAAGGAUCUUGGCAGAAGAUACCGUUUCCUUUUAACGGUCCACAAUUUUUUGGAAAAAAAAUGAUAAAAAUGUAAAAAAUUUUAAAAAGCUAUUAACAAGCAAUAACCGUUACAAAGAGAGAAGGCGGGAUUCGGCGAGGCAGAUUCCUUUUUCCGGGGGCGAGUCUUCGACGGCGAAAAGAGAAUCGACGGUCUGAUUGUUUCUCGUCGCUCUCUGCGAGUGUCUGACCGCAGAAAGGCUUUGAGAAGGAUUCCACAGUCCGACAUGACCUGUUGUCUGAGGCGUCGCUGUGUGCGCGCGAGGCGCGUCACCCAAAAACCCGCCACGUCGUCAGAGCGACGCUGAAAACGGGGGGUCCGGAGAGUGCCGUGCUCCGCCGUCCUCGCACCCGCCACUUUUAGUCAUACUCCAGUAAUGCUUAUGGGCCUCUCGUUUGUGAAUGACUCUGUGUAAACGUCUACAUGGGCUGCGUGUGAGUGUGUGCGUGCGCUCCUGCCCCGUGUCCUCCCCCGCCCUCUGCUGCCGUCGUCACCUCUGCGCUGGAGAAGGCCACCUCGUUUUCAUUUGGAAGAUGCGCCGGGACAUGAAUCAUUCCUCUGCGGCUAAAGCCUUGGCAUCCGUUUCGAAGCCCCAUUUGUGUGCCCGUUUGAAGGUGAUUUCCCUCUCUCCAUUCUGCACCCUUUGUUGUGCAAUUUAAGAGGUGUGUAAAACACCUGUCUUUUAUGCCACUGCACUGCGUUACCUACCAGCUACCACACACACACACACUCACAACAAACACACACUAACACUCACACACACACACACACACACUCUUACUCGUGAUCGUUUUACUACUGAUGCACAGCACAUUUUUAAGGUGAUAUUUUGGGUAACAGACCAACACACAUAUUUAGAAAAUGAGAUUGGCAUGAAAUGGUAGAUUUACACAUGAUAGAUAAAUCAAUUAAGUGUUUUUUGAGACACUCAAAGCGCUUUACAGUGAAGAGGGGGAAAGUCACCUCAACCACCACCAUUGUGGAGCACCCACCUGGGAGAUGCAUGGCAGCCAUUUUGUGCCAGAAUGCUCCCCACAGAUCAGCUGAGGUGGAGAGGGAGAGAACAGUGUAUUGCCAAUUGAAUCAUGGCAUGAUUUGGUGGCAGGUUGAAAGAGCCAGGGUUGGGUAUUUAGCCAGGGCACUGGGGAACCCCCUACUCUUUGUGAAGAGUGUCAUGGGAUCUAUAAUGAUCGCAGUGAGUCAGGACCUUGGCUCAUCUAGAAGACGGAUAAUAGGUAUUACAUUUCAUUGCACGCUCCAGGUUGCUUUGGCCCCAGACUGUAGAGGUGUGACGCAGUAGAUGGUUUCGGAGGAGUAUCAGGACUUAUAGAGCCACAUGGGUACAUGUAAAUAUAUUUACCUAAAAAAAGUGGAAGCAAUAAAUGAGCGCUGUUGUUGUAAUUCGGAACGUGCAUUAGGAUAUUGGCUUUUUAAAAAUAAAUAUUAGUUUAUUUGAAAAGGUCACUGCACAUUAAUGGCAUUUAUGUAAAUGCGCCAGAGUUAGCCAAGGGCUACAUGUCCUUGGAUUUUAAUUUGUGUAAAUACACCAAACACCAAAAAAAAAAGUACCAUGGUAACAUCUCCUAGCUUUCCUAUUCAGAUGCCCUUUUUCCUCUCAAAUGCAAUUAAUGUGAUUCACUGAAUUCAGUCUUUUUGCUGCCCCAGCGGUCUAUUUAUAUUUCCAACAGCACUACACUGUUAUAGUUUUAUUUGUGCUAAGCAAAUACAAUUUGAUUGUACUUCAUUUUACUGCAUAAAUACGAUGUUUCAAAAACGAUCUUGGAGGCAAAGUACAAUCAAUUUUCAAUUAGCCUAACAAGGGGAAAAGUAAAAUAGCAUACCACUACAGUAAAACUGUAUAUAAAAGAAAAUAAUAAUAUUUAUCUGUUUGAGAACUCAAGUUGUUUAGUGCUCCAGAAUUGUGUGGACCUGAUGACUUGCUUCCAUUUUUUUUUUUUUAAGUGUGGCUGUGUGUGAGUGAGAAUGUAUGUGAUUAAUACUGUAUAUCUGGUGUUUCAAAUGCAAAAGGAAAAGAAAUGUCCUGAUUUGAUUUCUUCUUCUAUCUUUUUAGAUGCCUGCAUAUGACCUGUAGGUGUUAAGGUUGCUCUACAUGCGAGAGAAUGGUUUAGAGACUGCUGAAUGUGUUUUGACGGAGAGAGAAGCAGUGCGGCUUUUGUACGGGUUAAUUUUUUGAAAAAAAAAGAAAAAAGAAAAAAAGAUAAAAAAGGCCAUAUUAUUUAAUUUGUCUCUGUUGUCAAAAGUUUAAACAGAUCUGAAAAAGUGGAACCUUGGAUUGAAGAGAGCACUGCUUGUGUAAUCCUAAUGGGGUUUUGUUCACCCCUGACCAGUACAGAUCUAGUUUAUACUACGAGUAAGUCUAGUAAGUGCAAUCCUGUUGAAGCAUGAUUGCAUGUGAAGAUGAUGACCAAAGCUUCAAUAUGUUGAAAAUUGUAUCGUAUGCAAACCUUGGGUUGACUGGAGGAGACAAAACUUAACAUUAACCUUGUAAAAAAUAUCUAAUAAUAAUAAUAAUAAUAAUAAUCCCAUAAUCUUAGAUGUAUAAAUAGCCUGUUGAUCAACAGUAGUAUUGUGUGGUAUACAGUUUGUAAAGUGCUAUGCUUUUUCCCCUUUUCUCUUCUUUUUUUAAACCUCUUAAAAUAAUGCCUAACUCUUGUUUUCCGAAGAUACUGAAAAGCGUCCUGGCGCUCUCUGCUUUUGGACCGCACUUGUGGUUUGUGGAGUUUCCCCAAAGUAGAACCCAACCCCCCCCAAAAAAAAAAAAAAAGAAAAAAAAAAAAAAAAGUGUCUCCUGCAACUGCUGGUGCAUGCAAACCAAGGGAGGGGAACCAGAAGCCCCCAGUGGGCACGGGCAGGAGGAACAGACACAGCUAGCUAUGCACCUUAAACACUCUCACAACAUUCAACAAUCAGAAUAUAAUCACAUAUUUUAUUAUGCUUGUAUUAUUGACAAACAUCUUUUUUUCGGCAACUAUACAAAUAACAAAUACAGUUGUUUGUUUGUUUUUUUUGUUUUUUUGGGGUUUUUUUACUUACAAAAUGCAUUAUUUGAUGUUCGGAACUGGAACUUUCUGAACAGUUUUGUGAAAUGAACCCGAUGAUGCAGAAUAUUCUGAAUUUAAAUUUAUAUAAAUUAUAUUAUUAUAUUUGAAUUUAUUUAGCUGAACACUUUAUACCAAAUUUGAGGUGCCUCUUGUACAUAUUUUCUGCAUUUAGAGGACAGAUCCUUACUGUUUGAUUAAAAUUAUCCUUGUUAAUGAGGAAUUUCUGAAUUUCUUAUAUUAUCCUUUGUAAAAUAUGUAUGCUGUAUUUUACAUAAUUUUUUUACUGAAAUCUAAAUAUACCAGGCAUUUACAGGAAAUACAAUCUAGUUUUUGCACUUUAUAUCUAAAAUUCAAAGGAAAGAGGCCAUUGCUGUAGGUAGUCACGUCCAAAUUAGAUCAAUGCUACGUUAAAAAAAGAUUAGCCCCUGAAUGUAAUCGACACGAUGUAACCCGUGAUUUUACUCCUUCAGAAGUAAUCCGUGAAUUUCUCAGGCUCUUUGAAAACCUUGCUGAUGUCCGUCUCUCGAGUAGUUGAAUAAAUGGCUAGUUUUUCUCUACUGCAGGUCAACACUAAUAGCUAUGCUAAACUUCAUUUCCUUUCUCCCUCUCAAAAAAACUGCUGUAUGUCGAUUUUUUUAAUAGAGCUCUUAACAUUGUAUUUUACAAACAUUCCUUUUAAAAAAAAAAAAAACAACUCAGCAUUUGACUGUCAGCCAUUUUGUGCUCCUUCGAGUCUAUAAUAUAACUGUGGCAUACUAGGCACUGCUCCUUUCCAGGCCUCCUUCAACAAGCUGUCAAGAUUGUUGAUAUACAGAUUUAUUUUGUUUUUUAUUCGCAUAUAACCUCCCGUCUGUCUGCUGUACAGCUGUUCUCUCUCAAUAACGCUUUCUACUCACCAAAUACCCAACACCUAACUAUAGCGCUCUUUUACUCCAGUGUCUGAAAAACUUAGGAGCAACCUGUUUGUCUGAGAAAUAAUGCUUGUGAAGUAUUGUAAAUGCUGCCUUAUUGAUACUGAUAUUGGUUGUGGUCGCUCAGAUGAGUCCAGAGCUUGUCUGUGUCCCUCCAUUAGCACAGGGAACGCUCUCUUGAAACAAGGUUCCACUUUUUCCCUGUAAAAUUAAUAUAAAUAAAUAUAUAUUAUACAUUUUA